AUGGUGCACCUCUCGACUAUUCCCGAUGAGAGCGAGGUGAAUGACAAGCUCGUCGAGACUGUCAAGAAAGUCCACCUUCAGCUCAUCAAUGAUGAGGACAACUUCACCACAAGCGUCUACGGCUCCAGAUUUGCUGCUGCCGAUCUCCCCCGCCAUGAGAUGCCCGAGAAAGAGAUGCCCAAGGAGGUUGCCUACCGCAUGAUCAAGGAUGAACUGAGUCUGGACGGGAACCCUAUGCUGAACCUGGCUUCUUUUGUCACGACGUACAUGGAAGAAGAAGCCGAGAAGCUGAUGGCCGAGUCCUUCUCUAAGAACUUCAUAGACUACGAGGAGUACCCCCAGUCGGCCGACAUCCAGAACCGCUGCGUGUCCAUGAUUGGCCGCCUCUUCCAUGCUCCGGUAGGCGCUGACGACUCGGUUGGAGGCAUCGGCACAUCGUGCGUUGGCAGCUCUGAGGCCAUCAUGCUCGCCGUCCUGGCUAUGAAGAAGCGCUGGAAGAACAGGAGAAUGGCCGAGGGCAAGCCCUGCGACAGACCCAACAUUGUCAUGUCCUCGGCGGUGCAAGUGUGCUGGGAGAAGGCGGCCCGCUACUUUGAGGUCGAGGAGAAGCUCGUUUACUGCGCCGAGGAUCGCUACGUGAUUGACCCGAAACAGACGGUCGAUCUAGUCGACGAGAACACGAUCGGAAUCUGCGCCAUCUUGGGCACUACCUACACGGGUGAAUAUGAAGAUGUCAAGGCUGUCAACGACCUGCUGACCGAGAGGGGUCUCGACACGCCCAUCCAUGUCGACGCUGCCAGCGGUGGCUUCGUGGCGCCUUUUGUUGUCCCUGAUCUUGAGUGGGACUUUAGACUGGAGCAUGUAGUCUCGAUCAACGUAUCUGGACACAAGUACGGUCUCGUCUAUCCUGGCGUUGGCUGGGUUGUCUGGCGAAGCGCCGAGUAUCUCCCGCAGGAGCUCGUCUUCAACAUCAACUACCUGGGCGCCGAUCAAGCUUCGUUCACGCUGAACUUCAGCAAGGGCGCCAGCCAGGUGAUUGGCCAGUAUUACCAGCUCAUCCGCCUCGGCAAGCACGGGUACAGGGCCAUCAUGAGCAACCUGACACGGACAGCCGACUACCUCUCGGAUUCGCUCCAAGCACUCGGUUUCAUCAUCAUGUCCAAGAAGUCGGGCGAGGGUCUGCCGCUCGUUGCCUUCCGCCUGCCGCCGCAGCAAGACCGCAACUACGACGAGUUCGCGCUCGCCCAUCAGCUGCGCGUCCGGGGGUGGGUCGUGCCGGCGUACACGAUGGCGCCGCACACCAACAACCUGAAGAUGCUCCGCGUGGUGGUGCGCGAGGAUUUCACUCGGAACCGCUGCGACGCCCUCAUCGCCGACAUCAAGCUCAGCCAGCAACUGCUCGAGAACAUGGACCGGGAGAGCAUCAAGAAGCAGCAAGAGUUCAUCCACAAGCACCACACGGCCAGUGGCAAGUCGACGCACAACCAUCCCAAAUACCGGAGGGAGAAGCAUUCUCUCCAGGGCAAAACUGGCAAGACUCACGCUGUCUGCUAA